GUUAGAUGUCAAAGGGAGGUGCAAUUUUCUGUCAAGGGCAAGGUGGAUGGCUUCUGUUGUUGAUGCUUUUUAUAUCUUAUUCUUUUAGUGGGGAUAUUUGACGCCAUCCAUCCCAGUUUUGCAUGGUCUGCCUUGUAUUCCUGGCUAGCGUUUGUUUAGCCAUACUGUGUUUUGCCACACCAAGGUUAUCUUGAUUCCGCGAAGUAAAUGGGUGUGCUCAGGGGCUAUAUUUAGAACAAGACGGACCGAGACUUGUCCAUGCAAACGGAGUGAUAAAAGGAAGGUGCCGGUUGUUAUUGUUGGAUUGUUUGUUGGAUCAAAACCGUGGGAGACAACCAGGUCGACAGAGAGCGGUCUGCAGUUUGCAGGGUUCGAUCAGAACGAUUCUGUCAUUUGAAAUUGAAAUUGGUGCCGCUACAUUCUGCUAAAAAUGCCACCCAAAAGGAAAGCUGCUGGAAAGGCUGCUGCCACCAAGGCAAAAAAAGCGAAGCAAGCCGCGGAGGAAGUAAAAGUUGAAGAGGAGGCGGCACCUGAAACCAUGAAGGACAAGAUUGCAAAACUGAAAGCUGCAGACAAGGGGAAACCCAAGAAGCACAAACCAGACACCUUUUGUCAUUUGUCUAGCUCUUCUGAGGUACAUGAAGACUUUGACGCAAUGUUGAACCAGACCAAUAUUGGCCACAACAACAACAAGUACUACGUUAUACAAGUGUUGAACUGCGGAAAGUCUUACUAUGCUUGGAACAGAUGGGGCCGAGUGGGAGAGACCGGACAAAAUGCUCUCAAGGGUCCAUUUAGCUCUCCAGAACCAGCUAUCAAGGACUUUGAGAAAAAGUUCAGAGACAAAACAGGCAAUGCAUGGAGUGCUAGAGACAACUUUACUCCUAAACCUAAGAAAUAUACUCUGCUGGAGAUGGCUGGAGAGGAAGACGAUGGUGAAGACGUGGUGGACAUGGGUCCGUCCGACAGUGGUGUCCCUAAGAAAGUUUUACCAAGCAAGCUGAACAAGGAAACUCAGGCGCUAAUGAAACUCAUUUUUGACAAUGACAUGUUCCGCGACGCCUUGAAGAAAUUUGACAUAGAUGUCAAGAAGAUGCCUCUUGGAAAACUCAGCAAGACUCAGAUCGCCAAAGGGUUUGAAGCUUUAGAAGAGAUAGAAGAAGCUAUCAACUCGAACAAACCAAAGAACUCGCUGAAUGCGCUCUCCUCAAAGUUCUACACCGCCAUCCCUCAUGAUUUCGGCAGAAGGGUGCCGCCAGCCAUUUCAACUGCUGAAGAGGUCCAGAAGAAAUAUGAUAUGUUAGCUGUCCUUGGAGACAUUGAGAUGGCUCAGAGCAUUCAGAAAGACAAGGAGAAAGCAGAGAAGGAGUCGAAGGAAGACACGGUCCCCCAUCCCUUGGAUACCAACUAUGGAUUGCUGAAUUGUACUCUGGAUCAUGUGGAUAAAUCUUCAAAACAAUACAAGCUUUUGGAAAAGUACUUCCUGGCCACAGAGGGCUCCAGCUGGAGGAAAAUGAAACUUAAAGAAAUCUGGGAAGUUGACCGUGCCUCUGAGGGACCAAGAUUCGCGGCCAACAACAAGAUCGACUACAGGAAGCUGUUGUGGCAUGGGACCAAUGUUGCCGUGGUUACCGCCAUCUUGAAAACUGGACUCCGCAUCAUGCCUCACAGCGGAGGGAGAGUGGGACGAGGCAUUUACUUUGCCUCAGAGAAUAACAAGUCCGCUGGUUAUGUGAGUUCGGCACAAGGCAAAGGGAUCAUGUUCCUGAAUGAGGUCGCCCUCGGCAGUCAGCACAGGAUCACACGCGACGACUCGUCCUUGGUGCAAGCCCCCAGCGGCUAUGACAGUGUGCUUGCCUGUGGCCAGCAGGAACCGGAUGAGAAAUCUGAAGUGACAAUAAAGCUGGAUGGGAAAAAUGUGGUGGUGCCUCAAGGGAAACCGCAGAAAGUCUCGAAAUAUUCGUCCAGCAGCUUCUGGCAGUCGGAGUACCUAGUGUACCGAGAGGAUCAGUGCCGCAUUCGUUACCUGCUGCUCUUUGACAUGUGAACUGUCAGCAUAGCCUUAGUUCGGUUAGAAUUUGCUACCGGUAAUUAAAUUGGUCUCAACAUGAGAUUAUGACCAUGCUCAUUUCCCAUUUUUUUCCACGAGUGAUGAAGUUCAAAUUUGAAUGUCUGACUGUAUCAUUAAUUGUCAUUGUAUGAUGAAGUUUAAAUGUCUGAUUGUAUCGUUCUUUGUCAUUGUCUGUUGUUGCUUAGGCCCACGCUGCGUAAUCACUGGCCCCUGUGGUGUUGUGGCUAGGUACUUCGCCGUUGUAUGCUGAAGACAUGAAAUCGUGUGUGUCUCUGUCUGUGUGCUGGGACGUUGUAUCUCUCUCAGCCCAGGUUGGCCCUAUAUAUUCUCAUUUAACAUUGUACUGGAGGUAGUGUGUGUGAUAUUCUCAUAUAUUUUUUCCAUCCUUCGAUUGAACAAUUUGCGAGAUUCUGACAAUACAGGCAGCUGUUUGUGUGUUUAUGUUAUGCAGAAUAUUAACAUUUUAUUCCUCUUGAGAAUAUUUUUUCUGUUAGCUAGUGUUCUGAUGAAGGAUCUUUUGGUCUUUGUUCAAAGUACAAAUGACCUAGAACCUAUAUUUUGUCUUGUCGAUCAUCAAAAUACUUCAGCAGUGAAAUAUUUUGGAAAUCUCCCCUUCUGUCAGAAAAUCAAGUUUUGUUCUUGUUCCUCGCGGAAAGUCUGACUGAUUCUGACUUAUUCCAUCCAGAAAGUCUGACUGAUUCUGACUUGUUCCACUCGGAAAGUCUGACUUAUUUUGACUUGUUCCACUCAGAAAGUCUGACUUAUUUUGACUUGUUCCACUCGGAAAGUCUGACUGACUCAUGACUUUAAGGCUUACCUCGAGCCAGUCACUCACUUUUCAUCAAAGUCCUAAUGCCUUUGGUAUCAUGGGGACACUAAGAAAGGAUAAGGAUAACAUUUGAUCUAUGUUUUAAUCAGCUUCUAGACUUUUGUGAGUGGUGAUAAGAGUUGAAAGAAAAUAAUUCUAAUUUUUGUUUAACACCUGUUUGGGCCCUUUCGAGUGUUUUCUGGAGUGUAUUGAUGGUUUCUUUUUUAUGGGGCAGGGGGUCUUUCAUUUUUAUUAACUCACAAUGCUUUUAUAUUGGGUUGUGGAAAUCUUAGUUGAAAGUAGUAAUUUUACUAGCAGUUUACUUUGGCAUUAUUUAUUGAUCAGUACUCUGUGCACAGGUUGCGUUGCUGCCCCACCUUCUAUGGUUCAUUAUUUAGUUGUUAUUAUUCUUGUGCAACUAGUUUAUGCUUAUCAUAGCAUUUUCUUAUCUGGUACCAAUACAUGUACUGUGUUCCUUAAGUCAAUGUAAAUACUGUGAUAAAACACUCUUUUUUUAAAUUAACGUCCGUGGUGUGCAAUGGUUUGACUCUUCGCUGUUGCUUACAGAAGACAAGAGCUCAGUUCCCACUUUGGGAAGUAUCGUAUGUUUUAUAAAGUAUCUCCACCUUUGUGCUGGGAUAUUGUAUCCUACUUAGUCUGGGCUGGUCCAGGAUGAUCUAUUAUAUUGUGGUGAUGGGGGCAUAGAGCAUAACUUUAUACAAUCAUUUACUCUUCUUUGCUCACAAUAUAAUGCAGAAAUGUGAUACGACUGUAGAGCAUUGGUAUUAUGUAAGAUUGUGAUAAUAAUAAUAAUCAUAUAUAAUAACAAUGAUAGUAUUAUUUGAUCACGCCAACCCUUUCGUGUUCACUUUACCUUGCUGUUAAAAAAUACGUACUCUGGAGUUAACUCAGUUGAAAGCAGAAGGAAUACCCUUGGGGCUGAUGCUGAUACUGUGUAGACGUGGCUUUUCUAAAAAUAAAUCAUGGACAUCAAGUUGUAGCUUUGCUUUCGUUUCUGAUUUGGAAAGUGUCAAAGCUGGUAGAUCUAUCGACUGUUGGAAUUUACGUUCACUU